AUGGCGUCGACCGGUUUGCGCGAUGACGCUUUCAAGAAUCUGCCGGGGGACGAUUGCGUUCAGGGGGAAUCUGGAGGUCUAAAGCCGCCGGAUAUCAGUCGAAAGAUCACCGCCUGCGUUGCAUGUCGCAAGCAAAAAAUCAAAUGUCACAUGCCCCAGGGGCAAGCGCCAUGCGUUCGAUGCAGGAAGAGAGGUCUUUCAUGUACUGUGAACCGCAGCCUCCAGAUGUUGCUACAGGAUCAUACAACAUGGAAGUCUACCAUGAUGACAAGGAUGCAAAGCUUCGAGAUGGCCAUGGCCAGGGUCGGGGAACGACUUUCAAUGCCUGAAUUGCAAAAUGUGUCCGAGUCACCAGACUUUGCCCAGCUCUCCCCGGAUAGUAACCAUGACAUUGAGCCACCCCGGCCGAAUUUCCAACCUCAGCGGGCCUGGGACAUAGUCAUGGACCCAGACUGCGGUCCAGCAUCAAUACCAGCCUCUUGCGUAGCCGAAGGUCAAAAGCAAACGUCUCCCGGUGACUUACGGUCUGCAAGACCCCCGGAUUUUAUCUCUCGUGGACGUCUCGAUCACUUCCUCUAUCGAAUUCUGGGCCAUCAUCAUAGCCUCAGCAGUGUACGAGAGAGCUCUCCAUUGCUCACUGCUGCGAUCUGCUCUGUAGCCGCUCUUCAUUUGAACGAAGCCGGCCAUCUUUUCGGGCGCUGCUAUACAGCGUUCAAGAACACAGUGACGUCCCAGAUGUUCUCCAAGGAAAACAACUUAGACGAUGUACGCGGAAUGUGCAUAGGUGCAUUUUGGCUAAGCCAAAUUUCUUGGACGCUUGUCGGCAUGGCUGUGCGGAUCGCCACUGAGAUUCAACUACAUCGCGGAAUUCAUCAAGCAUUACAGGGAGAUAAAGCAGGGUAUUACCAGACCCGUGUAUACUACCUUGUGUAUGUCUGUGACCACCACUUUUCGGUGACAUAUGGCCGUCCGCCGAUGACUCGAGAAUGCCACUCGAUAGCUGCUGCUAGUCGAUUUUUAGAGACAGAAAAUGCAACCGAAGAUGAUGCAAGGCUCGUUAGCCAACUGCUCAUCUGGACUGUCAAUACGAAUAUUUUUGACAGCUUUGGGGUUGAUGUGGACACCCCGUUGGCUGCACAUGAAUGGUCGCAGCUUCGUCGGCACUCCAUUGCCCUGGAUAUCUGGUACGCAGAUUGGAGUGAACGAUUCCGUCCAAACCAAAACGUCGGCAACUAUCCCCGCCAGGGCGUUGGUUUGCACUUCAACUUUGCAAAGCUAUACUUGUGUUCGCAUGUCUUCCGUGGUGCACCAUCAAAUGGCAGUGCCCAGAGUGACUUUCCGCAGGAUCUGGAAGAUAUCGCUAACACCGCAGUUCUCUCAGCUACAUCUAUACUGCGUGUUAUUGUAUCUGACGGAGAACUUCAGGCGCAUUUGAAUGGAUUACCGCUAUACUUUGAUACAAUGAUUGCUUUUGCAGUUGUAUAUCUCCUCAAAGUCGCAACCAAAUACUCUAAUAUCGUGAGAAUCGACGCGACCAAGAUGUUGGAUCUCGUUGAGCAGACGGUCACAGUCCUCAGACAGGUUACGGUACCCAUGCACGAGCAACAUUUGCUGGUCUGCAUCGUGGAUGGAAUAGAGAAACUAUUUAAAAAGUCCCAGGAAGCGGCACAAAUGAAUCUUAGCUCAUCAAUGAAUGUUGACUUCCAAUGGAUUGACAACAUGGGGGACUUUGACAUUCUAUCUUCGCAUCAUGAUGUGUCAGGUCCUGGUCCGUGGUCUCUUGACUUUUAA